ACAUACACAACACUUGUACACAAUCAUUUGUUAGGGCUUUCCAUUUAUUAUUACAGCAAGGCGGAGAGAGUGAAAGAAAGAAAAAUGGACGGGGCAGGAGCGCCAGCUCAGCCGGCAGACGCCGAGAUGACGGAGGCGCAGCCCGAGGCACAGCAGCAUUCGGCGAUGGGGGCGGAGAACAUAUCGGCGACGUUAAGUCACGGGGGGAAGUUUAUUCAGUACAACAUCUUCGGGAACAUCUUCGAGGUCACUGCCAAGUACAAGCCCCCAAUCAUGCCCAUCGGGAAAGGCGCAUACGGCAUCGUUUGCUCCUCGUUGAACUCGGAGACGAACGAGCACGUGGCGAUAAAGAAGAUCGCGAAUGCGUUCGACAACAAGAUCGACGCCAAGAGGACUCUCCGGGAGAUCAAACUGCUUCGCCACAUGGAUCAUGAAAACGUUGUUGCAAUCAGGGAUAUAAUACCACCCCCACAGAGGGAUACUUUUAAUGAUGUCUAUAUCGCAUAUGAGCUAAUGGACACUGACCUGCACCAAAUUAUUCGCUCCAAUCAAGCAUUGUCUGAGGAGCAUUGUCAGUAUUUCCUGUAUCAGAUCCUCCGUGGACUGAAAUACAUACAUUCUGCAAAUGUGCUGCACAGGGACUUAAAACCCAGCAAUCUUCUUUUAAAUGCCAAUUGUGACUUAAAAAUAUGUGAUUUUGGACUAGCUCGUGUCACCUCCGAAACUGAUUUUAUGACAGAAUAUGUCGUCACAAGAUGGUACCGUGCACCAGAGCUGUUAUUGAACUCUUCAGAUUACACUGCAGCUAUUGAUGUAUGGUCAGUUGGUUGUAUUUUCAUGGAAUUGAUGGAUCGAAAGCCCUUAUUUCCUGGCAGAGAUCACGUGCACCAGCUACGUUUGCUUAUGGAGCUGAUUGGCACCCCAUCAGAGUCUGACUUCGGAUUCUUAAAUGAAAAUGCUAAACGAUAUAUUCGGCAACUCCCACUUCACCGUCGGCAGUCCUUCACUGAAAAGUUUCCACAUGUUCAUCCCGCAGCUAUUGAUCUUGUUGAAAAGAUGUUAACAUUUGAUCCCAGACAGAGGAUUACGGUUGAAGACGCAUUGGCUCAUCCCUACUUAACAUCACUGCACGAUAUCAGUGAUGAGCCUGUUUGCACGACUCCCUUCAGCUUUGACUUUGAGCAGCAUGCACUGACUGAGGAACAGAUGAAGGAGUUGAUCUACCGAGAGGCUCUUGCAUUUAACCCCGAGUAUCAACACCAGUAAGGAGUGAGUGAUGCAGUGGGGAUUUGAUCAAAAAGUUUGGUCACUGGGUGAUUGAUUUCUUCAUGUAUAUAUGUUCCAUUCCAAACUGGGUGGCUCUGGAGUUUAUUUUUUAAUGGGCAGAAUUCAGGGACUGGAACAAUUGUAAUGAUGUUUGUAUCGGCUCUUUUCCACUUCAUGGUUGAGAAAUUUAUUGGAUCGAGCCAACUUCCGGUGUC